AUGAACAUUAUCCCAACAUACCCUUUAUCCCUUGGCUCUACUCUACCGAGGGCGGACUUCACAUUCCUUGACUUUAUACAACUCAUCCCAAAGCUUGGUGCAGUCCUCACAAGUGCAUAUCAUGGAGUGGUUAACCAGGAGAAGGCCAAUGUUCAUGCAUCAGGGUACUUGCACACCUACUUUGAUACAUGCAGUCUCGAUCUUGUGGCCCUCAAGACUUACCCAUCAGAGAGCAAGAUUGACGAGAUUGCCAUAAUUGCCCAUGAGGAGGCAGUUUCGCUUCUUAAGGCUCUCGAUGCUACAUCUAGCUUGUUCACAGGAAUGUUUACGGCACAUGAGCUCACUUGGUGGGUGGAGCAUGACGAUGAAGAUAGUCAGGAUGAUGGCCAUACCAUGAAUGACAAUGGCCCUUCAAUUUCGACCCUUAUGACUGACAUAGGCUCUAAUUUUGGUCAUGGGGCUGAUAAGCGUAUCCAAGCGCUAGGUCUGGCCACUGUUGCAACCAACUUCCAAAUACAGGCUCAAUUAACCCCAGGACUGACUUUCCUGACACAUCUGAUGACCAUAUUGCCCAAGCAGAGGAAUGGAUUCAGUCAAUUUUAA